UUCAAGUAGAAGCUUUUAAUGACAGAUUUCGAAUGGGCGAUCAGUCUUAAUCGGUUCAUGCUAAAAAUCGUUGGUUUAUGGCCGCCAGACAAUCGUCACGCUCGUGGGGCAAUAAAAUCAAAAAUUCGACUAUUGUACAGUAUUAUCACCAUGCUCUUCAUACUCACAAUACCGACCUUAAUAUCACUGACAAGGGUAUGGGGAGAUAUGAUGUUAAUGAUAGAAAAUAUGCAAUACAGUAUACCAUUUCUGAUUACGAUACUCAAAGUCUGCAUUAUUUGGUACAAACAAGCAGAUCUACUACCUUUAAUUUACAUGAUCGAGAGAGACUGGAUGAAACCGAAGAUGAAAGAGGAGCGAGACGUCAUGCUGAGGCGCGCCAAGACUGUACGCGCAAUCGCCAUGUGCGGAAUGUUCAAUUCAAUUUUAUUAUCAAUAAUCACUUUCGGUUUUCCAUGCUUUGGUCUAGUGCUCAGGCACGUGACGAACUUGACCGACCCUGGAGGAAAACCAUUGCUGGUACCAUCGUACUAUUUACACGAUGUUUCGGGGAGUCCGCAGUUCGAGUUAACGUACCUGACACAAGGAAUCACCUUAUUCGCAUGUGGUUUUUCUUAUACUGCGGUCGACCAAUUUCUCGGACUAUUGAUUUUGCACGUAUGCGGCCAACUGGAGGGUCUACAUUUGAGAUUGACACGUAUGGAACAGUAUACGAACUUCAAUGCAGCUUUGGAGUACAACAUCCAGGAUCAUGUUCGCCUAAUCAGAUCUAUCGAAAUCAUUGAUGAUGUAUUUGAUUCAAUGCUGCUCGUCCUGGUGCUCUACUUUGCCAUAAUAUUCUGUCUUCAAGGAUUUCUCAUAGUUGACGUUAUUAAUCGAAAGGGCCAAUUGCCGUUGACACAAUUGAUUUGGUUCGUCGUAGCGACCGCAUAUGUUUUAUUACACAUGUGUCUUUACUGCGCUGUUGGGGAAAUUCUUGUGACGCAGUCAGAGAAAAUACAUGAGGCCACGUACGAAUAUUCGUGGUACAACAAGGAGCCAAAAGUAGCAAAAAGUUUAAUGUUAAUUAUGCUUCGCGCGAGUAAACCACUUCACAUCACAGCCGGGAAGACAUUUCCUAUGACGAUGGCAACGUUUUGCAAUUUGUUGAAAACUUCAGCAGGUUACAUAUCGGUGCUACUUGCCAAUCAAGAUUAAUGU